AUGGCGCCAUCCCCCAAGAGGAGCCGCCGGAAAGAUGCCAACGCCUUGCCGAGCAUGUCCUCAACUUUCUGGGCUUUCAUGAUCCUGGCGAGUCUGCUGAUCGCCUACUGCAGUCAGUUGGCUGCUGGAACCUGUGAGAUUGUGACUCUGGACAGAGAUAGCAGCCAGCCCCGAAGGACUAUUGCACGGCAGACUGCUAGAUGUGCUUGUAAAAGAGGACAGAUCGCCGGCACGACGAGAGCGCGGCCAGCCUGCGUGGACGCACGAAUCAUAAAAACCAAGCAGUGGUGUGACAUGCUUCCCUGUUUAGAAGGAGAAGGCUGUGACUUGUUAAUCAAUAGAUCCGGCUGGACCUGCACCCAGCCUGGAGGACGGAUAAAGACAACCACGGUCUCCUGACAGCUGCAGCAUGAGCGAGCGUGUGACCUCCUGGGGACGACGGCUUUAGGCUCCGCAUGAGCUCCCUACCGUAGUCCAGUUCCUCCCGCCGUGGAUCAUCGCCCGCGUAUGUCCCUCCCCUCCACCGUCUGUUUCUCUGUUUCUCAUCAAAGACAGCCUCAUUCUUCGACUGAUGCCGUGCGCUAAAGUCUGUCUGGCCAUCCAAGGAGCACCGAACUAGGGACCAGAGGGAGCGAGAGAUGCUUGGGCAUUAGCAAUACCCAGUCCGUGGUGAGCGCCCGUCCCCAGGGUCCACUCAGCUGCUGGACUCAAUGUGACCCACAUGGUGUAAUGGAGGCGUCGCCUGCAGAGAAGAGUCCAUCCAACCUUAGAGAAGACUGUUUUGUCUACGGGGGGGUCACUCAGGCGCAAGAGAGAGUCUCUCCUCGUGCCCUGGACUGUCUGAGUCGCUUUUAUUUUCUUAUACUUUCAGUAUAUACAAUAGACCAAAGAGCAAAAUCUAUUUUAAAGAGGACACAAUCUCAUUGUUAAAGUUAUCCGGGUUCAAUUGUAGAGGGGAGGUCGGGGUGGGGGGAGGGAGCAGAGACAUGAAUGAAUCGUGUUGUCGUCGAGCGAGCUGGGCCCUUGCUGUCCAGCAGGCGUCUUUACCGAGGCGUCUUUACCGAGCGAGCGCUGCAGUCUGUAGUCACAGGAACUGCGCCUAAAGACAAGAUUUGCCUCUGAAGAAUGCAGACAGAGCCUGGAGAGUCAGGAGCGAUGUUCUAGACACACGCAAACAGACUUCCACAGAACACAGACUCACCGCCACUGUGUAGCCACCUGCGCCGUGGCCGUGGCCCCUUUAUCCCUCUGUACUUAGAUUGACUUUAUCGUACUAAAAAUCAUUUUCCGUUUUAACCAGUUAAACAUGCCUCUUCUACCGUUCCAUUUUUGAUAGUUGGAUAAUCCAGUAUUUGCAAAGAGCAUGUUUGGUCUCCUGUGACCUCUGUCUCAUCCGAUGCACCAUUUAGCACCAGAAAGCAAAUUAAAGAAAAAACAAAAAAACAAAAAAGAAACAAAAAAAAAACAGUAACACUUGUUUGAAAGAGAUCAUUAAAUGUAUUUUGAAAAUCCUAAAGUUAUAUAUUUAACAGUUUUUAUAUGUUGUAUAUUUGUAGAGAAUACUAUUUAACAAUUAACGUGGUAGCUCUCGCAGGCCUGAUGAACCGUCCAACUCCCACUGGGCUUUCUAAAGCCUCCAGUCUGGGGAGUGACCACACCACGCAGGAUGUGAAGCAUGGCCAGGGAGGAGCCUUUCGGAAAGUCACCAAUCCUGCUGUUUAUAUCACAUAAAGGCAUCCAACCAUCACACUGGUGGAAGAUGGGGCUUCUUUUAGGUUUGUCUUUGGAAUUGGGGGGGUUGCUCUCUGUACUGGUCAAAUUUGGGUGUAAAAUAUUUUAAU